AUGCAUUUUUCAACUAUGAUUAAGGGGAUUGCAACCCUGGCUGCGCUGUCCGGUACAGCUACAGGAAUUGUCACAUCGCAGUUCAAGCGCGAUCUGAAGCUUUCCGCUGAGCUGGGAAUUCAUCCGGAUAUCCUGCUGGGUCAAAAGACCACGGUGCAUGAUGUUACCAACUCCCAGCUUGAUGCGACCAUUGAGGCAGAGUAUGUUUCGCUCCCAAUUGACCACAGCAACUCUUCGGUUGGCCACUAUCGGAACCGCUAUUGGGUAACCGAAGCGCAUUACAAGGAGGGCGGACCGGUCUUCGUGUUUGAUGUGGGCGAAUCAACCGCGGAACCUGCGGGGCAAACCUAUCUAAGCAAUUCGAGCACGUUCUUUUAUCAGUUGGUUAAAGAGUUCGGUGGAAUUGGUAUCGUUUGGGAGCAUCGGUACUAUGGGGAUUCUCUUCCCUACAACGUCAGCCUGGAUAUGGAGCCUGAACAUCUCCAGUACCUCAACAAUAAACAGGCUCUGGCAGACAUACCAUACUUUGCGGCCAAAUUCACUCGCAAAGAUUACAGUGAUGUGGACCUGACCCCAGCUGGAACACCAUGGGUCAUGGUCGGAGGCUCGUACGCUGGCAUGCGAGCGGCGUUUACCCGUCAAUCGUAUCCCGAUACUAUUUACGCUUCUUUCGCUUCGUCCGCCCCUGUCGAAGCACGAAUCGACAUGAGUGUCUAUUUUGACCAGGUGUAUGACGGCAUGGUUACAUAUGGACACUUGAACUGCACCAGGGACAUCAAGGCUGCACUGGAGUAUAUCGACGAGCAACUCUCCAAGAGCGAAUCGGCCGCAGCAGCCAUCAAGCGGGAAUUCUUCGGUGAAGGCGCCGAAAAGAACAGCAACGGUGAUUUCACUGCCGCACUCGGGACGAUUUACAACUUUUUCCAAUCAUAUGGUAUGGGAGGUGGUGUGGGCAGCCUGGAGUCAUUCUGCGAACACAUGGAGACCGACCCGAAGACUAGCGCAGCGGCGCCCCCAGAAGGAUUCGCUCCGACCCGGGGAAGAAUGAAUAUGAAUAUGAAGACCAACUGCAAGAAACUUGAAACCAGCGAAGCGCUCGAGUGCGAUCUGGGGCCACCAUCCGCCGAUCCAGACACCAUCAGCUGGACAUGGCAGUACUGCACUGAAUGGGGUUACUUCCAGACCAACAACUUUGGAGCUCACUCGCUGCUGUCAAAAUAUCAGACACUCGAAUAUGCGCAGGAAUAUUGCAACAGAUUCUUCCCGGAGGCUGUUGAGAAGGGUCUGUUCCCCAAACACCCGCAGAUCGAGGCGACCAAUGCGGAGACCGGCGGAUGGUCUAUUCGUCCGUCCAACGUUUACUGGAGCGGCGGCCAGUUUGAUCCGUGGCGGACUUUGUCUCCCUCGCCGCGGGCACACGGUUAG